CAAUCGAAAAGAAAAACAAGCAAAACAUAGUUUGCUCGUGAUAGUUUUAAAACGUUUUCUAGUUUCGUUAAACUAAAUUAAAAUCAUGGCUAACCUUCUCAAGAUUUCGUUAGGAAUCGCAAAAUAUUUGCCAACACCCUUGUUUGAUCCAAGGCCGGCAUUGAUGGGAAUUCGUUACAUCCACUUCACCAUUCAAGGACGCCAGAGUGACACAAACCAAGUCGGAUUGAAACCUGAACCCUUUACUAUGGAUUCCCCCAUUCUCCGCAAUUUCAAUUGCAGUCUACCUGAGCUGAGACAUUUGUUUCCUGGUUGUUCUAGUCACGAAGAGCUUUACAAUUUAAGCAUCAAUCAGACGGACCUCUUUUGGGGUACUCUUGCCCGUUUGCGCUUGCGUUGGAACCGCGACUUCCAGCAAGUUUCGGAUUGCAACAUGGAAACGGGCUCGUUUCGUUGGUUCCUGGGAGGCCAACUUAAUGUCUCAGUCAACUGUGUCGAUCGCCAUAAGGAAAAGGAUCCCAGCCGAGUUGCCCUCAUCUGGGAAAAAGAUGAACCUGGACAAGAGGAGCGGGUCACCUACGGGGAAUUAUACACGAUGAUGAAUCAAGUGUCAAAUGUCCUCAAGUCCCAAGGAGUGCAAAAAGGUGAUAGAGUGGCAAUUUAUAUGCCACCUUGUCCACUCGCGGUCGCCUCAAUGCUCGCUUGUGCCCGUAUCGGAGCCGUCCAUUCCGUAGUUUUCGCUGGAUUCAGUGCGGAAGCGUUGGCCAGUCGCAUCAACGACGCUGAAGCUAAAAUCGUCAUUACUGCUGACCAAGGGAUGCGAGGAGGCAAAUUAAUUGAAUUGAAGAAAACGGUUGUGACAGCGGUCGAAAAAUGUCCGACUGUUAAAACUAUUCUCGUAGCCAAAAGAACAGGAAAUCCUGUCGUUUCAUCACCUCUUGACGUCGAUCUCGAUGAGGCGAUGGUUAAAGAGAGCGGCGAAUGUGAACCGGCCGUUUUGGACAGCGAAGAUUUGCUGUUUAUGCUCUACACAUCCGGCAGCACGGGAAAUCCUAAAGGGAUAGUUCAUUCCCAAGCUGGCUAUCUUCUUUAUGCGUCGUUGACACAUAGUUUAGUUUUCGAUUGCAAAGAAGGAGACAUUUUUGGUUGCGUGGCUGACAUUGGAUGGAUCACGGGCCAUUCUUACGUCGUGUACGGCCCGUUGGCCAACGGAGUCACGACUCUUUUGUUCGAGAGUACGCCAACAUAUCCCAAUCCAGGUCGAUAUUGGGAGACUGUCCAGCGACUAAAAAUUAACCAAUUGUAUGCAGCUCCUACGGCCAUUCGAUUAUUAUUGAAAUACGGUGACGAACAUGUCGAAAAGUAUGAUCUCAGCUCCCUUCGCACUCUAGGCUCUGUGGGUGAACCCAUCAAUGUGGAGGCUUGGCACUGGUACAACAAAGUUGUGGGCAAAGAGAAAUGCGUGGUUGUGGACACUUGGUGGCAAACGGAAACGGGAGGCAUUUGCAUCAGUCCAACACCCUCGGCUCCUGGAUCAGAAAUUCGUCCCGGUAUGCCGAUGAGACCGAUGUACGGAAUCUGGCCUGCUAUUCUAGGAGAAAAGGGGGAGGAGUUGUUAGGCAAUGAUGUAACAGGUGCCUUGUGUUUGAAAAAGCCUUGGCCGGGAAUGGCACGCACCAUUUAUGGAACCCACAGCCGCUUCCUGGAAACUUAUUAUCGACCUUUUAAUGGCUUCUAUUUUACCGGUGAUGGUGCUGUUCGACACAGUGAUGGCUACUAUCAGAUAACGGGAAGAAUGGAUGACGUUAUCAACGUUACUGGACAUCGACUCGGUACUGCCGAGGUGGAAAAUGCCCUGGGUCAACAUCCGUCUGUAGCAGAGUCAGCCGUUGUGGGGUAUCCUUGUAGUGACAAGGGCGAAGGCAUUUACGCUUACGUCACUCUUAAGGACGGAUUCGUCGCUGAUGCCAAGAUAGAAGCUGAAUUAAGAGGAAUUGUCCGGCAGAAAAUUGCUGCCUAUGCGAUUCCGGAUGUAAUACAGAUCUGCCCUAGUUUGCCCAAGACGCGAUCCGGCAAGAUUAUGCGACGAAUAUUACGUAAAGUUGCGGCGGAUGAGACCGACAAUCUGGGUGAUAUUUCAACGUUGGCUGAUCCUGCUGUUGUCGAGGAUCUUGUCUCUCGCCAUCGAACCUUAAAAUCAAAUCACCUGAAUAAAGCUAGGACUAGUAAAUUGUAGUGUAAUGAUUUUGACAUUUCAUAACGUCAAAUGGCAUCGACUCUUUCGUCCGUUAUACAGUUGACUAAACAUCAUCGCCAUCGAACCCUGAAGAUUCAAGGGAAUUAGGUCAAAUUUAGUCCUUGGAAUUAUUGACACCUCACGUUUAAAUCACCAGCAUUAACUAAUUUUAUGUUGACUCACUCUUUCGACAUUCUUCUGUUACUUCUAAACGAAAGCGGAUUUCCAUAACUGAAUGGUUUGAGCUUUUUUCUGACUUCGCCUUCUGCUGCCUUAUAGUUGUAAAAAUAAUUACAAAAGUACAAAUAAAAACAACUAAGCCUAUGAUUUCAUAUGGUGCUGAAAUGUAAGACAAUCGCAAUGAAAUACACUGCCAUCUUUAAGA